AUGUCGGAUCGGGAGGUUGACCUUCCGCUCUCUCGUAUGAAGAAGUGGAGACGUCAUCUACUGGGAAGGACCUUAUCGUCACCACAACAGAACUCCUUAUUCAAUGAUUUGAAGCACCAAACCCUUGGAGAACACCUCAAGCAUGAGCGUGGGAAUUGGAUAUUUGUAUUUCAAGUCAUCCCACCUGAGACACCUUUAUGGAAAGUUGCAUCUGUCAUGGCACAGGACCUGUCCCAUGUCACUGAUGAUCUCCUCAAGAUUCGGGUCAUGCACAUGAUUCUCAGUGUUCGGGAACUUCUUCAUCAUGCGCAGGUGAGGUGA